CUAAAAUCAUGAAAUUGAGGCUAUUGUGCCUUGGUCAUGUCAUGUGAAGACUCACUGGAAAGGAAAAUAAUGCUAGGAAAAGUGAAAGGCAGUAGGAAAAGAGGAAGAUCCCAAACGAGAUGCCUUGACACAAUAAAGGCGGCCGGUUUGCAAGAUCUGAGCAGGGCUGUUGAUGAUUGGACGUUUUGGAGGUCUUUCCAGGGGAGAUCCGGGAAAUUACAGGCCAGUCAGCCUGACGUCAAUACCGGGUGUCUUGAUGGCACAUAAAACACACAAAUCACUAACAUUAUUAACUAGAGGACUCCAUUUAUUUAAAGACCUCUUCUGCUUGCUCUCUGGAAGCUCCUCUUUACUUGCAGGAGGACACAGAUCCUGCACUUGCUGUUAUAGAGGAAUCUGGCAGAGGAGGAAAAUGAUACACUCAUCCUGAAGGAGCCUGUCUGGAGAAGAAGGGAGGAUGAGAGAAGAGUCAGAUCCAGAAGCAAGAAAAGCCCCAGAUGCUCGGAGCAGAAAGGACCGGUUGAAAGGAACUGGGCAGAAGAGCCUGGAGGACAACGUCCUCUCUUCCGAUUCGCCACUCUAUCGUUUCAGGCAUGUCUGCUACCAGGUGUCUGAGGGUCCCCGAAAAGUUUACAAGCAACUCCACGUUCUUUGCCUAAGUGGCUGAAGCCAGAAAAGUACACCAGGAAGGAGAUUGUGGAACUGGUGGUUGUGGAGCAAUUCCUGGCUGUCCUGCCCCUAGAGAUGAGGAGAUGGGUCGCAGAACACGGGCCAGAGACCCAUAUCCAGGCAGUGAAUCUGGCAGAACGGUUCCUCUUGAGGCAAGCAGAGGCCAAGAAUCAAGAUCAGCAGGUGCCGGAGCAAAUAACACAGGAGCAUGACCAUGGAGCAGCUUUUACGGAGGCUGAUGGUUCCCAGAACAAGUCUGAAAGAGAAGCACAACAGCUCCCAGGGGAAGGGGAACUGUGGAGAAGAUCUACUGGAACAGAACAGAAGAGGGGGAAUGAAUCCUCGGAUUCUCAGGGUACUGAAUCUCAGGAUUCAGAGGAUUCCCCAGAGGAAAUAGAGGUCAGUUGCCCCGCGUGUAGAAAAACAUUCUUUUCUGUAACGCUAUUUGAUACAGAUUGGAGAACGGAGAAACCAUAUAAAUGUGCAAAGUGUGGAACGGGCCUUCCUUGGGGGAAAAAGCUUACUGACCAUCAACAAACCCACACAGGGGAGAAACUAUAUAAAUGUACAAAGUGUGGAUUGUGCUUUGCUCGGAUUGUACACUUUGCUGCCCAUCAGUUUGACCACGCAAAGAACAGACUACAUAUAUGUUUGGAGUGUGGAAAGAGGUUUGAUCAGCAUUGUGCAUUUCUUGAACAUCAAUGCAGCCAGGCAGGGAUGAAACCACAUAUAUCCAAGGAGUGUGGAGAGACCUUUGAUCAGAGUAAACAGCUUACUGCUCACCAACGUACCCACGUAGAAGAGAAGCCAUAUGAAUGCAGAAAGUGUGGAAAGUGCUAUUCUCGUCCUUCUAGGCUUAGGGACCACCGACGAACCCACACGGGCGUGAAACCAUAUAUCUGCUUCGAGUGUGGACAGGCCUUUUUUAGUAGUAGAAAGCUUACUCUCCAUAGACGACAUGUCCAUGAAGGGGAUGGACCACAAGAAUGACUGGAAUGUGAAAUGACCUUUGCUCAGAGUCCAGGCCUAAUUGGCCAUCGAGGAGAGGAACCAUAUAAAUGCUGAAGGCAUAAAAGAAAUAAACAUCUGAAAAGGCGCCUUAUUUUUUUAUCAAAGAAUUCACACAGGAGAGAAACCAUACAAAUGCUUCCAGUAUGGCAAGCUUCAGCCACAAGCUUGACCUUGCCAGGCAUCAUGAAGUCCAGGCAGGGAGCAACCAUGCAUCCUGUCAAAGGGGUCAGAAGAGGAGGAAGCUAUAGAAAUGUUCACUCAAUGUAUAGCUUUUUUUCUGCUAAACCAGGCCCAUAUUAUACAGCAGCUGAAUUGGUGUUAGCUAAGGUGUAUUUAAUUUUCAGUUAAAAUAAGCGGAAUACAAUUUAUUAUUGGGAGUGAUUUACCCUACCUGUUUACCACACAUUAUUUACAGGUGUCACGUACUUGAGAGAGUUAAUUCGGUUACCAAUGCAAUUCUAAGCAGACUUACUCCAGUCUAAGCUCAUUAAUUUCAACGGGCUUAGACUGGAGUAAAUCUGUUUAGCAUUGCAUUGUACAUUAUUUAGAACUAGGGUCUCUGCAACUGCUUGCUCCACUCACCAGAUUUAAUGAUAGUUUGACCACUGAACAAGCAGUUCUGCCUCUUGCCAAAAGAGUAACAGCUAAACUGGAUGAAGCAAUAGCAUGAGUGAUCAUCCUUUUUCUAAACUGAAUCUAAAAUUUUCUUUAUACCAAACAUUUAAAUUUAAAAAAAAAAAUUUAAAAAAAACAAAAUGCUGGCAACAAAAAUAUUUUUAAAAAACAAAAUGCUGGCAACAAAAAACAUUAUUGGCAAAUCUAUACAUAUGUUUCUUAUAAAAGGUUUCCAAAUAUCUAAAAUGAAGUCCAUACACAAUUUCUGUCUUUAUGUGAUAUGUUCAAAUGUGGAUAAAGUCCUCAAUCCAGUGAAUUACAGGAAGUGUGCUUUUGUCUUUCCAGGGUUGUAAAAUAAGUCUUUUAGAGACUGUAAGGGCAUGGAGGGUCCAUUUCUGAUGACCAUCGAUUAGAUUUCAGGAGACAAGCCAAUAGUUUAACAGUACAUUAACACCAAAAAUGAGUAUUUGAAUACAAAAUUAAUUAUGGGUAAUGUAGGAAAAGAGGAAGACAUAAAACAAGAUGGCUUGACUCAAUAAAAGAAGCCACAUCCUCCAGUU